CACAAUGUUCCGGCUGCUUGGUUCCCUUCUGUUGGUAGCCCUUGCCUCCGGCUGUGGCAGACCUUCUUUCAGGCCGUCCACCCGUGUGGUCAACGGUGAGGACGCGGUCCCCUACAGCUGGCCCUGGCAGAUCUCCCUGCAGUAUGAGAAGAAUGGAAGCUUUUACCAUACCUGUGGGGGCAGCCUCAUUGCCCCCGAAUGGGUCAUGACUGCUGGCCACUGCAUCUCGAGCUCCCUGACCUACCAGGUGGUGUUGGGAGAGUAUGACCGGGCAGAGAAAGAGGGCCCCGAACAGGUGAUCCCCAUCAAUGGUGAGGACCUCUUCGUGCACCCACUCUGGAACUCCAACUGUGUGGCCUGUGGCAACGACAUCGCCCUCAUCAAGCUGUCUCGCCCUGCCGAGCUGGGAGACUCAGUCAAGAUUGCCUGCCUCCCUCCCAAGGACGACAUCCUGCCCAAUGAGGCGCCCUGCUACAUCAGUGGCUGGGGCCGUCUCACUACUGGCGGGGCGCUCCCUGACAAGCUGCAGCAAGCGCUGCUGCCAGUGGUGGACUAUGCGCACUGCUCCAAGUGGGACUGGUGGGGCAUCUCCCUGAAGAAGACCAUGGUGUGCGCUGGUGGGGACAUCCGCUCCGGCUGCAACGGCGACUCUGGAGGACCCCUGAACUGCCCUGCUGCUGAUGGCUCCUGGCAGGUCCAUGGUGUGACCAGCUUCGUUUCUGCCUUUGGCUGUAACACCCGCAAGAAGCCCACUGUGUUCACACGUGUCUCAGCCUUUACUGACUGGAUCCAGGAGACCAUAGAGAGCCACUAGAACCGAGUCCUGGGUGACAAUACUGAUCCACAUGCUUUGCAAAAAUAAUAAAGUUCUCUCAGAAAAUCCCAA